GUACAAUUGACGCAAUUUCCGCAAAUACCGGAAGUGUGAGUUGGCUGGAGACGCUAUCAAGAUGUCUGCCAUAUUUAAUUUCCAGAGUCUGUUGACGGUUAUUUUACUACUCAUCUGCACAUGCGCGUACAUACGAGCUUUAGCUCCCAGUCUGCUGGAUAAGAACAAAACCGGAUUUCUUGGAAUAUUCUGGAAGUGUGCGAGAAUAGGUGAGCGUAAAAGCCCGUAUGUGGCGUGCUGCUGUAUCAUCAUGGCCUUCACCAUUUUAUUUUCGGAAUAGCAGCGAAACCAUCCGAGGAUUUGAAGAAGAUUGAGAUGAUCCAAGAACAACACCAAGAUCCUAGAACAGGGAAGAUGAUGUGUAAUGUGUUGAGACCCUCUGUUGCAUCUCAGUACUGAUGUAUGUGAACAUUUCUCCACCUCCUGGACCUGUUUCUGUAAAUACAAAUAGCUAUUGGUCUCCAUGGUAACGUUCCAGCAGUCUUUGACACUCAUUUUGACUUGAGGAAAGUUUUAUGAGCAUCAGAGGGACAGAAUUUCUUAAGAUGGACAUUGAUGUGUGUGAUAUCAUGCUUGUUAAAUCAUUCGUUUGAAUCUUUGCUCUGUUUUGAAUGGAGAUGUGGAGUUUGCAUUAAAAUAAGGAUUUAUUACAGAAAGAUUUUCUUGCCACUGAAAUACGGAGUUUUUUUAAAGACUGAAUUGACUUGAGGUCUGUAUUCUAUAAAUAUAUUUUGAAUACAGAACAAAAUCAACAAAGUACAGUGUUAUAAAUAUUUCCCAAACGUUUGCAUGUUUUUGUCCUCACGGGUCGUGCUGUAGACGUUUCUGGCUUGAUUAUUUUCUCUGUCAGCGUUUGACAUCAUCAGUGAAUGGUGUAUUACACGUCAGUCAGUCAGUGAUGUGAAUCAAAUAGCACUUUAUCCUUGCCAUAAUGUUUUAUUACAACACACAGCAUAAAGAAAACUCAUUCUGGCCUUUGUAUGUUUUCAUUGACAUUCUUCGAGAGUGCAUACAUAGUCAAGAGCGUUCGUUGGGUGAGCGUCACACAUUUACACUAAAGUUUCUAUGAAAUCCCAAUAAGUGCAUGGAAAAUUGUGUACGUUUCACCGCCCGUCAUGUGGCUGCAAAACAUGUAAACAUCCGGAUCCAGAUCUGUAUUUUAAAGUUCCUUUGAGGUUUUCGAAUCAACCUUGUUUGGUUUGAUUAUAAUCAAGCAUUUCUCCUUUAAAUAAACUGCUCAUACUGUCAGAAACUCAAACCCAAAACACGAAGUGUGACAUUUUAGAAAUGACAGUGUAGCAAAGCUCAAUAAAACGGGAAGGAAGGAGGCGGGAACCGGCGAACAUUCAAACACUUUAAUUAAAAAUAAAUAAACAGCAGUAAAAACAGGCCGGCAGCCCCUCACGGACGACUGCCGGCCACACGAACAAACAAAACUUAGCAUGUCCGGGCCCUGUCCUCUCGUCGGCAGUCCUGCCGCUCGUCCUCUUGUGCUCCCGAGCUCCCCCGUGAGGCAUGCGGGACCGGUGCGCGUACAGCUGAUACUCAUGAUCACUCACGCCACCGGCCCCGCCUUCCUGCCCCACGGCUCUCGUCCCGCCUACCUCGCUACAGACAGAAAUAGCAAAAUUAUAGAAAUAUCAACUGACCCAAAACUUGAUCUGACACGGAUCAGUCACCUUAGCAACCACCCACUCUGUCAUAGGAACUGUUGACUGUUGUGUGUUUUGGUCUUUCUUCAUUUGUUGUGUAAUAAUCAGGAGAUGUAUGUGAUUCGUGUUUAAGGAGGUGAAGCGCCGCCGGUGUCGUCCUCACACAGAGCAGGAAAAGCCUUUAACAGGCACUAAACGUUUAUGAAUUCAGUGAAAUGUCUUGAAGGAAAGUCCUGAGGAGAUGAACUCUGUGGGGUACGAGACCUUCUCUUCAGAGCUAUAGAUCAGCACAGCCAAACGGCGCUCGUAAGUUCAACAGACGUCACCACACGUUUAAAGAGAACGCUGGCUCUGGUUAAACAGCGGGGAAUCAUUCUCACAUCCUGACUAGUAGCAAAAAAUCUUCUCAACUAAUAUGAAUUUAAUGUUUCAGGUUUGCAGAAGGUGAACCGUUUUCAUGAAGUGUAAUGGAUGAAAACAAAAAUAUGGCUUGAAUUGUGAUCACGCGCAGUAUUCUUAUUGGUUCAUUUUUAAGUCAUUUAACAGACAGCAACACGUAAUGUUUUAUUCUGGCACAAUGCUGAAACUGGACUGAACUGUGCACUAAAUGUAGCUUGAGAAUUUCAGUCAAUAUGUUUAUUUGACAUUUUUGUUUAGGAGAUGCAUUUAAAAAUGCUUCUUUUAACUGAAAAUACGACCGUAUACUUUGUUUACUUUUGAUCUACUUUUCAGACAAACAACGGGAUUUAAGCUGUGUAUUUAAAGUAUAUUACUGUGUGUGAAGUUUAUUAUUGUUACCCUUAAAGUAUGCUUGAAAGCAGUUCUACAUAAAGUAAACAUAACUUGAACAUUUGAAUCAUUGCAAAAAGUCACAAUCACACAUUUCUGUCUGAAGCUCAUGAGAGCUGAAUAAAUGUACGGUUCACAAACACAGUUCAGAAGAGCUUGAAAGGGCCAUUCAUGCAUGUCAGUUUAAGACAAAUGAUUAUUCAAUUAUAUUUAGGGUUUUCUAAUGUUACACGCAUGGACUCAGCGGAGGUCCUCACUCAGAUCAGAUGAAGGAGAAAGACUGCAUUCAUUAUUCCUGCCGCUCGUUUGACUGACUGCUCAACUCAUAACAGGACGUAACCUUAUAUUCUCCUCAAGUGGAAUAAAUGAGGCCAAAUGUUUUAUCUGCACAUCGACUGCCACAACACAUCACACGCUUUACACACUCAUGUCAAAUAUUGACUGGCAUGCGUGUUCUCUGUACCACACGCUUCAGAAACCCAUCUAUACAACAGCAGACCACUACACUUCACACACAGCUUCAUGAGAGGACAUGAGAGGAAGUUCAUUUGAUGGACCAGAUCAAGUCAACUUUAUUGUGAGCAUUUCUAUUGGUCGACACCAUAUGGCAUUGUUACUCAUUUGCAUAAAUCUUUGUCAACAGUCCGAAACAUCUCUGCAACAUCUACGAAACAUCUCUCCAACAUCUACGAAACAUCUCUGCAACAUCUACGAAACAUCUCUUCAACAUCUACGAAACAUCUCUGCAACAUCUACGAAACAUCUCUCCAACAUCUACGAAACAUCUCUUCAACAUCUACGAAACAUCUCUGCAACAUCUACGAAACAUCUCUCCAACAUCUACGAAACAUCUCUCCAACAUCUACGAAACAUCUCUCCAACAUCUACGAAACAUCUCUCCAACAUCUACGAAAC